AUGACGACGUCAUGCGGCCUGUUGGGCUGCGUCGUGAAGCCUCUCGUCUCGACGGUCGGCACCCUUGCCGCACGCAGACGUGACCUCGACGAGACGGCGAACCUGGCGCCAAUGCCGACGUCGGUUCGCAAUGCCGAGGUCCAAUCGCUCGCACGUGCAAUCGAGGCGAUCAGCAACAGCGCCAGACUGCUACAGCAGCAGCUGGCGCCUCUGCGCAGUGUCGCUCGCGCCGGCGCACCCGUCGCCGCUGCUGCGCCACAGCGGCUGCGCGACAUGGUCAAGCUGACGCAGGCCUGCGAGGCUCGCCUCGACUGGGUGCAGCAGCCCUUCGUCGGCACUCAGAGUACCGAGGUGCUCGCGGCACUGCAGCAGCUCGUGCGCUCCGAGACGGCGCUUGGUACGACACUGCAAGCCAAGCAGGCCCUGCUGCGCGACUUUGGAGUGCAGCAAGCCGCCCUCGCGGCACUCAAGGCGCUGGAGCGCAGCUCGGCCCGCAUGCUCGAGGCGCUGGCAGCCCUGCUGCCGGAUGGCCUCGAGCAGUGCAAGCAGGCAGAUGUCACCCUCGAGGCGGUCCAUGUUGCCCUGCGCGUGGCGUUUGCCUCGUCGGGCUGA